GCCUUCCUGAUGGCGUGAUUAAUUGUGAUAUAAAAUAGUCCGCUUAAGAAGUGUGUGUGUUGGGAGGGGGCAGGGGAGAGAACAGAGGCAAGGCCGGAUUUGAUCUUUUAAUCUUCGUUGGCCACAAUUAAAACAAACCCGAUCGUGGAGCGGCGUGAUCCCUUUGCAUAAAAACAUAUGGCUUUUGCUAUAAAAAUUAUGACUGCAAAACACCGAGCCAUUAAUAGCGUGCGGAGUGAUUUACGCGUUAUUGUUCUGCCGGGUGGACACGUGACGCGCGCGGCCAAUGGGGGCGCGGGCGCCGGCAACUUAUUAGGUGACUGUACUUCCCCCCUGGUGCCACCAAGUUGUUACAUGAAAUCUGCAGUUUCAUAAUUUCCGUGGGUCAGGCCCGGCCGACCAGGCGCGGGACACGGCAAUGGCCACCACCGGGGCUCUGGGCAACUACUAUGUGGACUCGUUCCUGUUGGGCACUGACGCGGCCGACGAGCUGAGUGCUGGCCGCUACGCGCCAGGGGCCCUGGGCCAGCCCCCACGGCAGGCGGCGGCACUGGCCGAGCACCCAGACUUCAGCCCGUGCAGCUUCCAGUCCAAGGCGGCGGUUUUCGGCGCCUCGUGGAACCCGGUGCACGCGGCGGGCGCCAACGCCGUGCCUGCUGCAGUGUAUCACCACCACCAUCACCACCACCCCUACGUGCACACCCAGGCGCCCGUGGCAGCGGCGGCGCCGGACGGCAGGUACAUGCGCUCCUGGCUGGAGCCCACGCCCGGUGCGCUCUCCUUCGCGGGCUUGCCCUCCAGUCGGCCUUAUGGCAUUAAACCUGAACCGCUGUCGGCCAGAAGGGGUGACUGUCCCACGCUUGACACUCACACUUUGUCCCUGACUGACUAUACUUGUGGUUCUCCUCCAGUUGAUAGAGAAAAACAAUCCAGCGAAGGCGCCUUCUCGGAAAACAAUGCUGAGAAUGAGAGCGGCGGAGACAAGCCCCCCAUCGAUCCCAAUAACCCGGCUGCCAACUGGCUUCACGCACGCUCCACGCGGAAGAAGCGCUGCCCUUAUACCAAACACCAGACGCUGGAACUGGAGAAAGAGUUUCUGUUCAACAUGUACCUCACCAGGGACCGCAGGUACGAGGUGGCCCGACUGCUGAACCUCACCGAGAGGCAGGUCAAGAUCUGGUUCCAGAACCGCAGAAUGAAAAUGAAGAAAAUCAACAAGGACAGAGCAAAAGACGAAUGAUGCCAUUUGGGUUAUUUAGAAAAGAGAUGAGCUAGAGAAAAAAAGACAGGACUGCUUGUCCCCUUGUCCCUGUUCUCCCCCAACCCCAGCCUCCACCACCCUGCACAAAGCGGCUCUAAAACCCCAGGCCUCAUCUCCCCCCUGGCAAACCCUGCUCAGGCUGGCUCCUAGGCCUGCAGCUUUGAUGGAGGAGGUAUUGUAAGCUUUCCAUUUUCUAUAAGACAAAGGGGGGGGGGUGUGCAUUAGCGCUGAUGGCUGUGUGUGCUAGCUUGUAUAUAUUUAAAAAAAUCUACCUGUUCCUGACUUAAAACAAAAGGAAAAACUACCUUUUUAUAAUGCACAACUGUUGACGCGGGCUGUAUAGUUUUUAGUCUGUGUAGUUAAUUUAAUUUGCUCUUUGUGCGGCAGAUCGCUCUGCCUAGAUACUUGAACACUGUGUUUUAUUGUGGUAAUUAUGUUUUGUGACUCAAACUUCUGUGCUGGGUGAUGCACCCGUUGUGAUUGUGGAAGCUAGAAUUCAAUUUGAACUCAGGUUGUUUAUGAGGGGGAAAAACAAUUGCAUAGAGUAUAGCUCUGUAGUGGAAUACGUCUUCUGUAUAACUAGGCUGUUAACCUAUGAUUGUAAACUAGCUGUAAGGAUUUCCCAGUGAAAUAAAAAUUUUAAAAUGGGGGGAGGUUCUUCAGGAUUGAUGGUUUCUCUACUUAAGAAAUGCAGGCAUUUUAGUCUCUACAUAUGCUUUAUAGUCUUAUCUUGUUCAUGUACAUAUAAUCUAUAUAUUAAAGAAAAAGUUCAUAAUCAGACAAGCUUGAAUAUUGUUUUUGCACCAGAGGAACAGUGAGGAAAUUCGGAGCUAUACAUAUGUGCAGAAGGUUACUACCUAUGGUUUAUGCUUCAUUUUAAUUGGGGGAAAAUGCUUAUUGUAAUUGAAUUAAUUUUAUUGAUAAUAAAUUAUACACCACAAAACCGCCAUUGGGCUACUGAACAUUUGUAUUCUUGAAUAAUCUGGGUUUUCCAUCGGGCUGAACAUACACUGUAUAUUUUGCAAUAGUUACCUCAAGGCCUACUGACCAAAUUAUUGUGUUGAGAUAUUUAACUUUUUGCCAAAUAAAAUAUAUCGAUUCUUUUCUA